ACGGAAUCCUACUGAUGAUGAGUCACCUGCAACAAACAUGGUGUAUUUGACCUCUGAACUUCACAAUGUGUUCAAUUCCAGGGCUUCCAACGCCUGGAUCAGAAGUACCUGUUGUCAUCACAAGGGCAAACCUAAACCCCAAUUGUGGUCUUGUGGAAUUAUGGGUUAACAUGGAUGAUGGAAGGAAGCCUGUUUAUGAGCAGAUGAGAGAGGAAAUUCAGAUUCCUAAAAUAAAGUUUUAUGGAUCAGAAGGAAAACCAGGAGAUCUCUGUCUGGUUUGCAUCAGUGACACAUGGCACAGAGCUCGGAUUGGAUCGAUUCAAGGUGAAACUUGCAAUGUUUUUCUAAUUGACCAGGGACAGCCCCAUAUCACCACACGUGAAGCUUUAGCAUGGGGCCAGAGUGACUGUUUUCUCCUUCCUCCUGAAACUGAAUCAUGCAUACUUGCAAAUGUCCUCUCCCUUGAGAAUAACUGGCCUGAAUUAGCCACAAAGUUUUUGGUGUCUCUGCCUGGAAAGAAGUUUAUGGGACUGGUUCAGCACGUGCUGAUGCCAGACAGGACUAUCCUCCUCGACAUACCAAUUGUUUCCAAGCACAUCUGUAACAUUGGAGUUACAAAGAAGAUGCCAGUAGAUGACUUUAAAAGUCUUGUGCAGAGAUGUCUUGAGGAUGUACACCCAACGCAGGAACAGAAUGUUAAUUGCCAACUUGAGAAGCAUGACCGAUACUUUUGCCCAGAACUGUUAACUGAUACUUUGGAAAUUGUCAACGUGACAGAGGUAACUAAUCCAUGUAACAUUUUUUGCAAACUCCACAUUUUUUCCAAGGCAGUGAAGAUUUUAUCAGAACAGAUCCAGCAGCACUAUAAAGAGAACUCCGAUUUAGUAGAAACACAACCUUUGACCUGCGGGGAUCCAUGUGCUGCUCGAGGGAUAAACGGCAGAUGGCAUCGCUCGUUGGUAAAAGAAACAAUGACUAGCGAUGGUGCUAUAGAAGUUUUGCAUGUGGAUGAAGGAAAAAUUGAAAUUGUCCCAGUUGGAGACAUUAGACCUCUGCAUGGAAAUUUUCUGAGAAUGCCAGUUGUCACAUAUCCCUGUUCUCUCGAAGGUGUAAAAUAUAACGGCACAGGUUGGACUACAGGCCAGAAUGAGUACUUAAAAUCACUGCUCCUGAACCAGAAGUUUGUGGCAAAGUUUAACCACCACAAUAUACCUCAAGAUGUCUAUCAUGUCAUUCUCUAUGCAGAUGAUGAUUCAUGCAUAAACAAUUGUUUUCAAGAGAAGUCCGGACCUUUUUCAUCCUCCGAGACAGAACGAGAUACAAAUGUCCAGAAUGAACCCAUUCCCUCAUCAUUUCUCAGUUCACUUGGAAACCAACGUUGCAUAGAUUUACAGAACAAAGUCACUGUAAAUGUUGAUGGUUUUCAAGAAGAAACUUUGCCAUGCACAAAGAACCAAGCAGUCAAUGAUAGGACCGAUGGUUUACCCACUUCUGGAGCUGAUGAUGCUCAUAUCAAAGAGAGUUCAGAUCUUUCAACAGGUUUCCCCUCUGAGGUGCAAAAUGCUUGUGAUGACGAGGCGUUCACUGUAGGAAGUAGUGUCAAUGUAAAAGUAUCUUUCAUUGAAAGUUCACAGAUAUUCUGGUGUCAACCAAUGAAAAACUGUGACUCUCUUAGACACUUGAUGCAGGACCUGCAAAACCACUAUGUAUCCAUCCACCCUCAGCCACUUGUUGAGUCAAUCUGUGUCGUUCGUAAUCCAGACAAUGACAUGUGGUAUAGAGCAAGGAUCAUGGCAAGUCACCACUCUCCUGUUGUUGAUGUGAGAUUUAUAGACUAUGGCCAAACUCAAACAGUCCCUGUGCGAGAUGUGUGCCCCAUUGAUCCAGCUUUCCUACAGCUGAAUGUGCAGGCUUUCCAGUGUUGUUUGUUCAAUUGCAAGAAUUCCACUAAUCCCACUUCCAUCACUCGGACUGAUAACGCAGAGUUUCAGCAGUAUGUGGAUUCAUGCGCCUCGUCAAACAUUGGGUUGAAAUGCACUGUGAAGGCUGUAACAUCUGAUGAAGAAGGUCUGCUGCUCAAUGUGGUCCAUAUUGAAGCACCAUCUGACGGUGCAUGCAAGCUUCCGACUCAGGAAUGUGCACAGGCUCAAGCGCUCCUUCAAAUUCCUCCACGGGUCCCAUCAGACGUAUACAAUUACUCCACAUACAAUAUUGAGGUUGAUGGAAAAGAAGAUGUGUGGAUAACCUAUUCAGAGAAUGUCAAUCGAUUCUACUGCCAACUGGACAGGAAUUUACACUUGUUUUACAAAGUGAUGAAAACUGUUAAACAACUAAUCAGCCAGCCACCGUGCACAGAUCACCCACUUGGACUUGAUAGCAUUUGCUUUGCUAGGUUCAGUGAUAAUCAGUGGUACAGAGGUCAAGUGGUAGAAAUGUCUCCAAAAAUUAAAGUGCACUUUGUGGACUAUGGUCAUACCCUUUCAGUGAAUGAAUCUGAUAUUUGUCCCUUUCCCACGGAAGCAAGUGUUGCCAGGUCUGUUCCUGUGCAGGCUGUUCCACUUGGAUUGUUUGAAGUCUCUACAGAAGUGCCACAGAAAGUCAACGAGUGGUUUUCAGAGAGUGCUAUUGGCCAAAUGUUCACCAUUUCAGUGGUAGCAAAAGGGGAGAAAGGGAAGCUCAUUGUUGAACUGUUUGCUGGAGCUCUGAAUUUAAAUGUGAAAGUCAGAGAGAUGAUAUCAAAGAUGACACAACAAGAGACAACUGGUCUCAUUCAGCAGACUGACCAGCAGCUCUCAAACGGCUCAGAACAUGACACUGUGCAAAAUGAGGACUGUUUAACGCAUGAGCUCAUGAAUGUAUCCGUAUUGACAACGAUGAAAGAUCCCAAUAAAGUGCACAAUAAUGGACCAUGUGCGAGAGAUGAGCGGAGUUCACAAUCCAUGACUAAUUCCUCUGCACAAAAGUUUGAAAAGAAGACUUUAGAUGAAGGAAGAAAACCAACUUUGGAUAUUAUGGACAAAGAAAUUGAAGGUGGCCAAGGUGACUCAGUAACACAACUUUCCCCUUCUUCCUGUCCCGAGGGAAAUGUGAACAUCUGCAUGUACAAGUGGCCAAACAUUUCUCAAAACGGAAUCAAGGAGGUAUAUGCAUCCUGCAUUGUUGGACCACAUUACUGCUGGUGUCAGUACGCCAACACUGAAGACUUGAACAUAGUGUCGAGUCUUGCUCAGGAAGCGGGACAGACACAACAGGACAUGAUGUUCCCUGAGACUCUUGCUCCUGGCAGUCCAUGCCUUGCUCAAUUCUCCAGUGACAACAAGUGGUAUCGAGCUCAAGUAAUUCGCAGAGUUGACGAUGCCUUCCGUGUCUUGUUUAUCGACUAUGGAAAUGAGUGUGAUGUUAACUUCAAGAAUGUGAGAUCACUGCCACAGAGUCUGCUGGAGAAGGCUCCUCAGGCCUUUUUGUGCUCUUUGAAUGGAUUUGAUGAGUCCAAGGGCUCCUGGAAUGACGAAGUUUACGAUGACUUCUACAAUCUUCUGGUUGAUAAACCACUAAAACUGACAAUGUUCAACAUGGAUGACCAUUCAGAGGCUGCAGUUCCCCAGUAUGCAGUGGAAAUUGAGUGUGACGGAGCAAUUGUUAAUGCAGCAAUGCAGAAAUACUGGAAACCAGUUGCCAAAGAGUGUGUUUCAAUAGAACACCCUGAAAAAGAAGCUGUCCAAGAUAUUCAAACUGAGUCCAACAUGACACAUCCUAAUGUUUGCAAAGGAAAUGUGAAUACUUAUAUGUACAGGAAGCCAAAAUUCUCCAAAAAGGAGGAGGUAUAUGCUUCUUGUAUUGUGCAACCCCAUUUCUUCUGGUGUCAGUACGCCAACACGGAGGAGCUCAGCGAAGUGUCAACACUUGCUCAGGAAGCAGGACAGACACAACAGGACAAGAUGUUCCCUGAGACUCUCGGUCCUGGCAGUCCAUGCCUUGCUCUCUUUUCCAGUGACAAACAGUGGUAUCGAGCUCAAGUAAUUUCCGGAGUUGAUCAUGCAUUCAGCGUCUUGUUUAUCGACUAUGGAAAUGAGUCUGACAUUGACAUGAAAAAUGUGAGAUCGCUGCCUCAAAGUCUGCUGGAGAAGGCUCCUCAGGCCUUUUUGUGCUCUUUGAAUGGAUUUGAUGAGUCCAAGGGCUCCUGGAAUGACGAAGUUUAUGAUGACUUCUAUAAUCUUCUUGUUGAUAAACCACUAAAACUGACAAUGUUCAACAUGGAUGACCAUUCAGAGGCUGCAGUUCCCCAGUAUGCAGUGGAACUUGAGUGUGACGGAGCGGUUGUUAAUGCAGCAAUGCAGAAAUACUGGAAACCAGUUGCCAAAGACCGUGUUUCAAUAGAACACCCUGAAAAAGAAGCUGUCCUCCAAGAUAUUCAAACUGAGACCAACAUGACACAUCUUAAUGUUUGCAAAGGAAACGUGAAUACAUGUACGUACAAGAAGCCAAACUUCUCCAAAAACAAAAAAGAGGAGGUGUAUGCUUCUUGUAUUGUGCAACCCCAUUUCUUCUGGUGUCAGUACGCCAACACGGAGGAGCUCAGCGAAGUGUCAACGCUUGCUCAGGAAGCAGGAAAGACGCAACAGGAUAUGAUGUUCCCUGAGACUCUUGGUACUGGCAGUCCAUGCCUUGCUCAGUUUUCCAGUGACAAACAGUGGCAUCGAGCUCAAGUAAUUCGCAGAGUUGACGAUGCGUUCUCUGUCUUGUUUAUCGACUUUGGAAACGAGGCUGAUGUUGACAUCAAGAAUGUGAGAUCACUGCCUCAAGGUCUGCUGGAGAAGGCUCCUCAGGCCUUUUUGUGCUCUUUGAAUGGAUUUGAUGAGUCCAAGGGCUCCUGGAAUGACGAAGUUUACGAUGACUUCUACAAUCUUCUGGUCGAUAAACCACUAAAACUGACGGUGUUCAACAUGAAUGACCAUUCAGAGGCUGCGGCUCCUCAGUAUGCAGUGGAACUUGAGUGCGAGGGAGCGGUUGUAAAUACACUGAUGGAGAAAUACUGGAAAGGACUGGACACAGAUCAUGCCUUGGAAGAACGUUUGGGAUCAGUGACCCAAGAUGAGUGUCAACCUCUGCAAGGGAAAUUCAAGUCAUGAAGCUCUGGACCAAGAUGAAUGCCCAUGGGGGAAAACCCAGUUGCGAGAGAACAGCCUUUACUUUCGUGCACUGAAAGUUCAUAUUUGUCUUGUUAGAAAUGUUAUUUUACUAACUAUAUGAAAUGAAGCUUGUCCUGUGAUGAAUUUGCCA